AUGUCUCUCCAGUCCUACAUCAACAAGAAGGUCCUUAUUUUGACCGUUGAUGGCCGAACCCUUGUGGGUAACCUAAUUUCAACCGAUCAGCUCACCAACCUUGUUCUUACCGACACCGUCGAACGAAUCAUCCGUACCCCAGAGGACGAUGAGCCUUCUUCUGAGAUUGAACAUGGCCUCUACUUGAUUCGAGGUGAUAACGUGGUGCUAUGCGGUGGAGUGGAUGAAAAAAUUGAUGGCGAGAUUGACUGGACCAAGGUCAAGGGCGAGGUCAUUAAGGACACGAAGAAUGCAUGA